GUGUAUUAUCUAUGACUACGUGUCUGGAAUCUAUCGAGUGAUUAAAAAUAAAGGAUUGUGGGUAGGUACCUACAUACCUUAUCUAAAAAAUGGAAUAGUGGGACUUGAUAAUUUAAAAGAUAGAUAUAUCAUCGAGUUUUGAAAAGAAUCGAUGAGAUGAAAUGAUAAAUAUUGUACACACAUGAAUGUACUAUGAAAGUGAAGACUGAAGACUACAAUGCGAUGCUUCCUCGAAGGCGAAAUAUAGGCGUUACAGAAAGACUCUUGGAAACAGAAACGGAUUCAUACAAUAAAUUAGAUAAGAAAGGUGUUCAUUACGGGGAAUCGCGGCCUUACGAGAACUCAUCAAAUUCCAAAUCAACAUUGAUUCUUAAAUCAUCUGACCAGGACGUGUUUAAAUUUUUAGAAGAAUUUGUUUUUGAACCAGUUAUGGCUUCAAGAGAUAGAACAAGUGAAUUCAUUUCAACUGUACGCAGUCUCCAAGGACGUUUCUUAAACAAACCAACCGUAAGAGAUGAUAGAAAAGCUGCUGUGUUGGAAACUUACUCCCAAUUCAUGAGUAUGGCAAAAGUAAUUAGUAAGAAUAUUACUAGUACAUAUACCAAAUUGGAAAAGUUAGCCUUGUUGGCUAAGAGGAAAUCAUUAUUUGAUGACCGUCCCACAGAAAUUCAAGAACUAACUUAUAUUAUUAAAGGAGACUUAAAUUCUUUAAAUCAACAAAUUGCCAGACUAGGUGAAAUGCCAAGAGGUCGUCGCAGUAUGCACAGUCAUUCAUCUAGUGUUGUACUCGCAUUACAGUCACGCCUUGCUUCAAUGAGUAAUCAAUUUAAACAGGUCUUAGAAGUUCGUUCAGAAAAUUUGAAGCAACAGAACAGCAGGCGUGAACAAUUUUCAAGGGUGACACCGGUUGUAAAAGAGGUACCAUCUCUAUUGCAACAAGAUGAAGUAAGCAUAGAUUUGGGUGAAGCUACAAGUUUACAAGCACAGCAAUUUGCAUUCAGAGAUGAUACAGACUCAUAUGUACAACAGAGAGCUGAAACUAUGCAUAACAUUGAAAGCACUAUUGUGGAGUUGGGAGGCAUAUUUCAACAAUUGGCUCAUAUGGUAAAAGAACAAGAUGAAGCCAUUGGUAGAAUUGAUGCAAACAUUCAUGAGGCAGAAAUGAAUGUUGAAGCUGGCCACAGAGAAAUAUUGAAAUAUUUCCAAAAUGUAACUGGAAAUAGGGCGUUAAUGUUUAAAGUUUUUGGGGUUUUAAUAUUCUUUUUCAUAUUUUUUGUGGUGUUUAUGGCUUAAUAAAAAAUAACUAUUAAAAACUUAAUUAUUAAUUUCAAUUAUUUCUUUUCCAAUUUAAAUGGCAUCCAAGGCCCACUUCUACAUAUAUGCAUGAUGUAAACAUUACCCUAAACUAUGAUAGAUGAAAUUAAAAUAUAUUUGGUAAUGAUUUAACUUUGCGCGGCCGCCCAUGGAUCAGUACUACUAAUAAGAGCCUAGGGGCCCUGCCGCGCUUCUGAUUAUCGUAAUGGAUGCAUGGAUUAAUUACUGUUGCACCAUUGACCUUGGUAUUCCAUUGUAAUAUUAUGAUGAAAUGUGAUGUAAUGAUGCAUGGACUAAACUGGUGAUGUUAUUAUCCAUUUACUACAAACAUAUACCACAUAUGACAUUAUACUGAAUGUAUUCCAACCAAUACCAAAAAGAAGGUAGCAAUUAUGAACAUCUACAUAAUUUAAAAAACAUUACAUUAUUUACAAUUGAAAUAUAUUGUCUAAGCUUUUUAGAUAUGCUA